AUGAGGUCUCGCGGCUGGAAUUCAGUGGACGCAGCUGCUGUAUCAGCGCCCGUAAUGUGCUGUUCUGUUCAGAAGUAUCCCAUAAAUAGCCGGGCUGCCCGCGCCGGCCGCUUUAACCACGGCGGGAGAGGCACGAUGACUGAGCAGCAAAGUCCCCCCGAGCAGAUGGCGACUGGGGAGGGUGCUGGCGAGCGAGGUGGCAAUUACAAGGUAUCUAUUUUUGAGCUGGAAAACUUCCAGGGGAGGAAGUGUGAGCUGACGGAGGAGCUCCCCAGCAUCACCGAGAGAGACCUGGAGAAGGUGGGCUCCAUCCAGGUGGAGUCUGGCCCGUAA